GGCGUUGAUCCUACCUUAUCUGGUCAGUCCGUUGUUGGAGUCCUAGAGCUGUACCAACUUUGUUUCUCUGUCGUUAUUCAGCAGUUUUAAAUUCCGACCAAAAUGAGGGAAAUUGUACACCUGCAGGCAGGCCAGUGUGGAAACCAAAUUGGCGCAAAGUUCUGGGAGGUGAUAAGUGACGAACAUGGCAUCGACCCGUCCGGGACAUACCAUGGGGACAGCGACCUGCAGCUGGAGCGGAUCAACGUGUAUUACAACGAGGCAUCAGGUGGCAAGUAUGUCCCUCGUGCAGUGCUGGUGGACUUAGAGCCAGGCACAAUGGACUCUGUGAGGUCUGGGCCCUUUGGACAAAUCUUUAGACCAGACAACUUUGUCUUUGGCCAGAGCGGAGCAGGUAAUAACUGGGCCAAAGGCCACUACACUGAGGGAGCUGAGCUGGUGGACUCCGUCCUGGAUGUGGUGAGGAAGGAGGCCGAGAGCUGCGACUGCCUCCAGGGCUUCCAGCUCACACACUCUCUGGGAGGAGGCACCGGCUCUGGCAUGGGCACCCUGCUCAUUAGCAAAAUCCGAGAGGAGUAUCCAGACCGCAUCAUGAACACUUUCAGCGUGGUGCCUUCACCCAAGGUGUCAGACACAGUGGUGGAGCCAUACAAUGCCACCCUCUCCGUCCACCAGCUGGUCGAGAACACAGAUGAGACCUACUGCAUUGAUAAUGAGGCCCUGUAUGACAUCUGCUUCCGUACACUGAAGCUCACCACGCCCACCUACGGCGAUCUCAACCACCUCGUCUCAGCCACCAUGAGCGGGGUGACCACCUGCCUGCGCUUCCCCGGCCAGCUCAACGCUGACCUGAGGAAACUGGCUGUCAACAUGGUGCCCUUUCCCAGGCUGCACUUCUUCAUGCCAGGCUUUGCCCCCCUGACCAGCCGUGGCAGCCAGCAGUACAGGGCAUUGACAGUUCCUGAGCUGACCCAGCAGAUGUUUGAUGCCAAGAACAUGAUGGCAGCUUGCGACCCACGCCACGGGCGCUACCUCACAGUCGCCGCCAUCUUCAGAGGCCGCAUGUCCAUGAAGGAGGUGGACGAGCAGAUGCUGAACGUCCAGAACAAGAACAGCAGUUACUUUGUGGAAUGGAUCCCCAACAAUGUCAAGACGGCCGUCUGCGACAUCCCUCCCCGCGGCCUCAAGAUGGCUGCCACCUUUAUUGGCAACAGCACAGCCAUUCAGGAGCUGUUCAAGCGCAUCUCAGAGCAGUUCACCGCCAUGUUCCGCCGCAAGGCCUUCCUCCACUGGUACACCGGCGAGGGCAUGGAUGAGAUGGAGUUCACAGAGGCUGAGAGCAACAUGAAUGACCUGGUGUCCGAGUACCAACAGUACCAGGACGCCACUGCUGAGGAAGAGGGCGAGUUUGAGGAGGAGGGUGAAGAGGACAUGGCCUAGACACCCAUCUUUAGCUUUUUCUUACUAUGCAACAGUUAGGGCUGGUCAAUUAAGUUGGCUUAAAUCAAUCAUUUGAGUCGUCAUAGUCAUAGUUAUGUAGUAUUUCCACUGAAAGUCAUGUAAUCAUAAAUUCUUGUCCAGACAGUAGGAGUGCAAAGGAUGUGUUUUUAAAUGUUGUCUGUUCUGUUUUCACACUUUUUUUUCUGCUGUCGUCAGUAUUUGUGUUUUGGAAAGGAAUCUUUUUGACCUCUCCUGUUUCCUCUCUUUUCAGAGGGUAUCACCUAAAUGUCACUACCCCCUCAGUGGCAAAUAUGCAACAUUCAGCAUCUAUCAUCAUUUACUCACAGGAAAAUCAAAACUUUGAUCAUGCUGUUCAAGUUUUUUUACUUAAUCAACUGCACAAACUGGUUAACAUCACUUCCCCAGUAUACAUAUGUGUCAGGAAAUCAUCAGUCCUGACUGAGUGUGUCACUGGUCAAUUUAACUUGUAUUACAGCUCUUUGCAUUCAUAGCAGGCACCUGUUGACUUUUUGUCCACUCAGUGUGAGUGUGAGCUCAAAUUAAUGAUCACCCUCUAUAAAUUCUUUGUAGUCUUUGUUCAAGCUGCACGUUUUAAACGUUUGUGAAAGAGAAUGUAACACUGACCAGUUCAAGACACUCAUCUGCUGAAAUUGACACUUGCACUGUUUGAUAUAGAAUGUAAUCUUUAAGCAGAAUUAAACCAUUUCAUGUAUCCAAAAAAGACAACAACUGAAAAUGCACUGAACACCAAAUAGUGGCAGGAACUGGUCACUGCUACAUUAUUGUUAUUGUUGUUGUGGGAUGUUGAUAUCAAAAGUGUAGAUGGAUUUUAAUAAAUAUUUUAUGAGUUGGUGCUA